AUGACAGACUCUGAGCUUAAAACUCCAGUUUCUGGGUGUCAGUGGUUAGGAUACAACAGAGUUCAUAUCAGAGAAAGCAGGACAUACAUGACUUCUCCAAAAAAAAGAGUAGAAUUUAUGAGGUAUGAAUAUAACUCCACAAGUGGGUGCGAGCUCGAGAAUUAUUCGAGACAAAUUAUAGGAUAUGGAGACUGGGAUAUAAAUUCAUAUAAAAGAGGAAACAAUACGUUAGUAGAUGUAAGAAUCAACUGGAGAAAGGUAAUUAUAAGGUCAAAAAUUAAUAAUGUAAAUAUACUGGAUGAUAUGAAUAAAAUCAAUUGGUUGUACAAAUCAUUGAGUCCAGUUUACUUUUACGACCUAAAUCUAUUAAAUAUGUGUAUAGAACACUUAUCAGUAGUUCCCGAUUAUGAUAUUUCUGUUAUAGAUUCAAAAACUAUUGAUAUUGACGGUGAUUCUGUUAAAAUUAGUAACGAAAAACUCAAUAUUGACCAUAUUCCAGAUUCUAGAGUGGAAGAGGCAUUAUUAAGAAUGGUAACAGGUUAUAGUGGAAAUGUUAUUUCCGAUAUGGUUAAAAAAGAAUUUAGUAUUGGAAAAGAGUGGGAGGAAUAUUUCAAACACAAAAGCCCUAGGAUGAGGAAGAUUUGCCAAUGGAAAGACAUCAAAGAGUUUUGUUUGAUGCCUCCUUCUGAAAUUGUUCACAAAAAUAGCUGUAAAUUACCUUCUGUUGACCAUUUAAUUUCAAAUGAUCUUGAAACUUUAAAGGUUGCACUCUAUCCUUAUAAUUCAACGUUACCGGAUACAGACAUGAUCGAAUUCUCAAAAUACAAGGCAUGUUAA